ACCUUUUACGUGGUGACCUCAAAAUCACUAGGGAUCAUCUACUAAUCAUGACUAACCUCCAUGCCAAAUAUGAAGAUUGUGGGUCAAAAGAAUCUUAAGUUAUUGGGCGGAUAAGCUUUUUGAAGUCAAGGCCCCUCUGACCUUGACCUUUGACUUGGUGACCUCAAAAUCAAUAGGGGUCAUCUACUAAUCAUGACUAACCUCCAUGCAAAAUAUGAAGACUGUGGGUCAAAGGAAUCUUAAAUUAUGGGGCGGACAAGAAAAUAUUGAAGGAGAGCCGGGCGGCCAGACUCCAGUAUACCAUACCCCCCUUAUAACUUUGUUGUGCGGGGUAUAAUUAUAUUUUAAAGCAGCCAUAUCACUGGGUUUUUUAUUCUGAAUGACUGUUAGUAUGCAAUAAAUUUUAAAUUGAUUUUCUUUCAAGCAGGCAUUUUUAUUCAUAUGUUUAAAUAAUCAAUACCAAACAAAGGUAGAAGUUUAAAUGUAAUGUAUUGAAUCUCUAUUGUGGGUGUAACCCGAUAUCAUUUUAUAAAUCUAUUUUCACUACAAGUUAACAUAACAUUGAGUAGACGGGCACUGACUUGUCGGAUCAAUAACUUAAGACAAUUGUUUUUCAAUAUCCUAAUGAGAAGUUUAAAUCACUGGCAAUAUUAUGGCUGUACCGGAUAAGAAAUCAUCUCAAAAAGUUUCAUCUAUACUAUCUCAAGGUGGUGCUGAAGAUUUUGACAUAUUCUGUAAUCAAUGUGACAAAGAUGACAUCAGACUACCUGCCUUUGGUUACUGUGUCGAUUGUGAGGUACAUUUAUGUCAAACUUGCUAUAACACUCACAGGCGACCAAAACCACUACGCCAUCACCAACUUCUAGAUAAAGAUCACAUGCCACAAAAACAAAACCUCAGUAAGUCAUUAAAAUCUACUUUAGGCCCACAGGAUGGUGAUUUAUCAAAGCCUUGUACCAAACAUACCAAAGAAAAGAUCAAGUUCUACUGUCAUGACCAUAAUACACUUAUAUGCAGCAUUUGUGUGACCCUUGAACACACACCAACAUCCUGCAAUGUGGACUACAUACCUGAUAUAUCAGGAGAGAUUUUAGACAGUACUGAGUUCAAAGAAACUCUUAAAGAUAUUCACAAAUUAACAGAAGAAUGCUGCCAGAUUACAAAAGAUAUGAAACAAAGAGUUGCUAAAUCAACAACUUCUCUGAAAGAUUCUAUAGCAGAGAUAGAGAAAUUUAGAAAAGAGAUUAACAAGAGAUUAGAUGAACUAGAAAAGGAGGUUAAAGAUACUGCAACAACAAUUCAACAUGACAACAGCAAAAAGUUGAAAACAACAGAAACAACAUGUGAUAACAUCAACAGAUCACUCCAAGCAUCAGCUGAUACUUUAAAACAUCUCAACACCAACAAGAAAACUGACCAACUGUUUACUGAAUUGAAAACAGCUCAGCAACAGAUAUUACACAAUGAAAAUUUAACAAAAAAACUACUUACAACCAAUGAUGUUGAUGAAUACACUUUUGAACCAAAUCAUGCUAUCAAAAAACUCAUUAAGAAUGAGAAAUCAUUAGGGGCGUUGAGAAAAAAGGCAAUAAAGCAACCAGCCCAAUCAAAGAAUACGGCUACAGUACCAAUGAAAAUGACUUCCUCUAGAAAUAUCAAUGUUAAAACAUCCUCAGAUACAAAGGAACUGAAACAACCAGCUCAAUCAAAGAAUAAGGCUGCAUUACCAAUGAAAAUGUCUACCUCUAGAAACAUCGAUGUUAAAACAUCCUCAGAUACAGAGGAGUGCCAUAUAUCAGGUUUAAUUGUCUUUUCUCAAAAUCAAGUAUUUGUAGCAGAUAACAAUAAUAAAUCAAUUAAAAUGAUAGACAUAAACAGUGAAGAAAUCAAACAACUAAAGCUUGAAUCAAAGCCCUGGGAUAUCACCAUAGUGACCAGAGAUACACUUGCUGUUACAUUAACAUACACCGACACAAUACAGUUCAUUUCCUUCUCCUCAAACUCUCUCUCAUUGAAAAACAAACUGAAAGUAAGUGGAUGGUGCCAUGGAAUAAGCCAUCAUCAGGGGAAACUUGCAUUGACAUUUUUAUCUCCUGCCAAACUCCAAAUCAUGGACUUGAAAGGUAAUAUGAAAAUUACAGUUGAGAAAGAUUCCAAUGGUGACAGUAUUUUCAUUCAACCUUGGUAUGUCACCACAAACAGUCAUUCAAUCUAUGUAUCUGAUACCUACAAAUGUGAAGUUAUAUGGUUUAAUUGGCAGGGAGAGAUGAUAGGAAGGAAAGUAGAUAUUGAACUUCCAAGGGGUAUUUCACUGUUAGAUGAUGGGUCCUUCUUUGUGAGUGAUUACAAGGGUAAUUGUAUAUAUAGAGUUAGUGGUGAUUGUAAAGACAGGACAACUAUACUGAAAGACGUGGAGUGUCCUGAAGCUAUAUGUUGGUGUGCUGAGACAAGUACACUUUAUCUAAAUACAUAUAUGAUAUUUUCUAAAAAGAACAGUCAUAUAAAAGUGUAUAAAAUGGUGUAGAACUAAGAAAUGACAAUUGAUGCAGUCAAGGAUAGACAAGAUACUACCAUUAAGUACAUCAGAUCAAGCAACCAUAAUCAAGAUCACCAGUAGCAUUCAAGAUCAACAGUAGAAUUCAAGAUCAUCAGUAGAAUUCAAGAUCACUAGUAUUCAAGAUUACCAGUAUUCAAGAUCACCAGCAGCAUUCAAGAUCACCAGCAGUCAAGAUAACCAGCACUCACUUACAAUUUAGCAACAUUUUAAUGGUAUUCAAUAUCAUUUGAUUUUUGUUGGUCUAUGUAAUGUGAACUAAAGUAAUUUUUUUAUAAAAAUCCAGGGUGGAAGAGGGGAACUUUUUUCCAUUUAUGAUACUGUGUUCUUUCUUUUCCCUGGUCAGAUUACAGUGUUUCAAAAGAAAAAUAAAUAUAUAACAAGAGGUUCCUGAUUCGCCUACCAGAAACAACUGUUUUUCAGUGUUAGAAAUUAUUUUUCAAAUGAACUUGCCCAAAGGCAGGUCACCUCAACUUUAACUUGCCCCUCUUGUAAUAAACUUUCACAACACUGAUUGUUUUUUCCCUUCUUCAUAAUAAACAAUAGGGGCAAGAUGGCCCUAGAUCACUCAUCUGACCCAUCAUUUCAUUGUUCACUAUAUAAAUUGAAAUAUUUUGUCCUAAUAUUUUAGAAAGGCUUUGUUAAUGAUAUCUAUGUUGCAAACGUGUUCCUAUGAGACAAUGUAGAAUAAAUGCAGAAUAAAUGACCACUUUAGCAGGGUUAAUUUUGAUGGGACUUUUUUAUAUGAAUACAAAAAAUGUCACAUGCAAAAUAUGUAAGGUGUAGAUGUAAACAAAUUUUUUAUACAUUCAAUAUUGUAACGUGACUGUAUCUAAAAAUAAGAGCUGUCACAGGUAGGGUUGGAUAUCGUUAAGAACGAAACAAUAAGAUACAAUACCGAUACUUGUGAAACAAUACGGUAUUUAUUGAUACCAAAACUCUAUACUUUUAAAGCGUUUGAGCAGCUUUAUUCAUUAUGUAUUCAUUAUUUCUAUAGGAAUCUUAUUUUGUUUUGUUUUAUUAUCAAAUAAAAGUAAUUAUCAAG